CACCUCAGCCUCCCAGCCUGACUCACGCAGACACAUGUCAUCCAGAUGUGGGCAGCGUGCUCCAAACAGCAAAGGAGUCCCCCUUCCCUGCAGGGCCCUGCCCCUUACCCUCCCUCUGUCUGUCUUCCCUGGCCCUGGCUGGCCUGAGCUGGUGACGCCCCCUCCACACUCUCAGGCCAUGACAGCUUCCUUAUUCUGCUUAAUGCCCAGGCCCUCUGGGCACCGAGAAACUAAGAGUCCAGGUGAAACAGGCCGGCAGGCACCAAGCUCAAGGGACACCCCAGAGCAGAAGCCCAGCUGGAAACAGUUCCCCGGUGGCCUGGGCUUCGGGGAUGCCCCCUCUCCUGGCAGUCGCCGCGCAGCCGGCUGGCACCCCUGCCGCCACCCACAGCAGCUGGCCAGCCUCAGGCAGUGUGGCUCCCUCCUUCUAGAGGAGAGCCAGAGCCGAAAACGCAGCAGCAGCAGCAGCAGCAGCAGCGGCAGCAACAGACCUGGUGUCCUGAUGCCUCCUGGCCCCUCAGCCUGCAGAGGGACCGAGCCCUGCUCGAUGACUCACUGUGGCAGGCGGAAGGUCCCACAGGGCCUGAGUCCUCAGACCCGGCUGAGGCAGCAGCCGGCCCUUGGAGCCAGGAUAGUGACAACAGGUCUCCAGGCUCCCCAGAGCCUUGCUGCUGUGCUGGGCACUGCCCACCUCCUCCCCCUGCAAGCUGCCAGCAUGGGAGGAGAAGUCCGAGGCCAGCGAGAAGGUGGCCACAGAGAGGCGGGGCCCCAGCAGGGAGCCGGUGGUGAAGAUGGGCCAGCGUGAGGGCCAGGGCCUGCCACUGUGCCUGCCCCGCUGGCCGCCCACCUGCCCGCCCCAGGGCCACUGUGGCUGGAGUUGAGGUCGGCUACCCCAGGCUUGGUCUCACUCCCGCUCCAGCCCAAGAAUCCCUGCCUACUGCGCGGCCAUCCUGUCCUGCCGGAGCUUUCCAAGAGUCUUGGGGCUGAGCUCACAGCCCCUGCCCCUACCAGGUGGCCCCAAGCCCAGCCCCAGGAGUUCCAGAAGCCUUUGCUCCUGGGGCUCAUUCGGGCUCUCUUUUGCCCAGGCCUGGACCCCCACCUCCGCCGGCACCAAAACCUUGGUGCUGGCUGGCCACUAAUGUCUGCAGCCCCAGCAGGCCUUGGUUGGGGGUCCCCCUUUCUGCCUGUCCCCUGGGGGUUCUCAGAUUCGGGGGACUGAUAUCUGCAGGGAACUCUACCAGCCCCUCCAUCCGUGCCCUGCCAGCCCUCCAGCCCCAGAUUUUAUUUUUGCGCAUAAGCCAUAACCCAUACUCCCGGGCUGGCCCAGGCUGCAGGGAGGCCCCAGGGUCCACGAGAGGGCGUGGCCAAGCUUGCCCUUGUGCCCCCCACGGAUCAAGCCUUGAGUGCCUGGCCAGGCUGUGUGUACCCCUGCCACCUCACCUGAAGACAGACCCUUUUUGUAAGAUUUUUAAUAAAACACUGAAACUUCUUG